AAAGAAGAGAAAGGGGUUUGAGGAGGGGUUGAUGCGUCCCUCCGCGAAGCCAAAAAAUGUCAGAAAGAUAGAGAGAGAGAGAGAGAGACUUGACAUUCACAAACACAAAACCUUAGCUUAGCAACAGAGAGAGAGAGAGAGAGAGUAGAUAGAGAGAAGUGACAGUGCUCACUUUCCCAUUCUCUUCUGAAUCGUGGGAGAGGCAAAGUUGAAUCGAAGAUGAAUUCGAACAAACGUGAAGAAGACGAUCUCUUUCUACCGCACGAUUUGGACCCACCAAACCAGAUCCUCCCAACGCCAGACCCAUCAUUCUCACUCCUAUUCCCAACCUCAUCCUCCGACUCACCACCGAGUCACUCCUCAACCGACUCACCCAAACCCCUCCAAAUCAGCCCCCAACCCCACAUCUCCUCCCAAUUCUACACCUUCAACCCAGACUCCCACUCCCUCAUGAUCCGCUGCCUCCUCCACCGCCGCCUCGCUACCCCCGCCGAGAUCCGCGCCGCCACUCCCCGCUCCGUCCUCAAAUCAUGGCGCAACGUUUGGAAAGAUCGCAACGAGGAAACCGCUUAUCUCACCGCCUGGAAACGCAUCCAGGACAAGCUCGCCGUUCACCUCGACCCAAACGGCAACCAUUUUCUCUGUUUCAAGAACAACACGCAGCAAUUCGUCUCUCACAUUAACCAGUGGCAGGACAUUGUCAUGAGCUUCCAUGGCGACACCGAUUUGAAGCACUUAGGGCUCAAGGAGACGGUCGAACGGAUUAAGCAGGUCUGGACUGUUGGUGCUAAGUUUUAUGGAAUUCCUGAGAGUUAUAUUAGGGUUUGUGUCGCUGCUUGCCCUGUGUGCUCCGCCGCCGCGUCGGGAUCGGCCGCGGCCGCGCGGAGCAAGCGGCGGAGGUUCGAGUAUACUGAGAGUUUUGAUGUGCCUGCUAAGGAGGUUCCUAGUAGGCUUCAGCAGCUUGCUGCGAAGCAUAAGGUUGUGUUGUGUAUUAGGCAGAAGUAUAUUAGGUAUAAGCCUUUUAUGGCUGAGGUUAAGGAUUAUGCUUGUCAUAGGGCGGGUGAGCCUGCUGCUAAGAAGAGUAAGAUUUUGAAGAGGGAGCCUUAUGCUUCCAAGAGGUGUGGAUGUGGGUUUAGGAUCAGGGCAAUUGUGCCGAUUGCUAAUUACAAUGAGAAGGAUAAGAGUUUUGUGUAUCAGGAGGAGGGGGUGGCGGUUUUUAAGUUGUACGCGGUGCAUUCGGGGCAUGAGCCGGGGCCCUUGGAUGGGAAUGCGAGGAUUAUGCACAGGGUUGUUGGGCAUAAGGGGAGCUAUUUGAUGGAUCAGGAGACGGUGUAUGGGGUGAGUGAGGAGAUGGAGAAUGAGGGGUUUGGGUUGAUGGGGAAGGAAGAUGGGGAUUUGCAGUUCUCGGUUUUGCAGCAGGUCCAGGAAUUGAGGGCUGAGGUUGGGAUGUUGGAAGGGAGGGUUUCAAAGAUUCCCAGGGAGUUGUUGGGUUCUGUUUCGCGCGAGUUAUUUGAUAUUGUGAAUAAGAUUAGGAGUAUAGGGGAAGAGGGUUUGAAGCCGGUUGAGUUGAUUUCCGAUAAGUCGCAUGCGGAUGAUGUCUUGGUUGGGGAUAAUGAUCUGGCGAACUGGAGUAAUCACCAUGAUAGGAUUUAUGGGGAUGGCAAGGACACGGAGCUGAUUGAGGAUGACGAAGAUAGUUUUGGCCGCACUCUAGGGGAGGUUGUUUCUUGGGGCGAUCAUAUCAGGACGGAGUGCAGAAGUCAGAAAGAUCUGAUAAGCGACUCAUGCAAGCCUGAAAAGUGGUUGAAAUGCAGCGACUUUGAUGAGAAAAGCAUCCUUGUUUGCGAGGAUACUAAACUAACCAAGCCCAUCAGACAUGACGAGGCUAUAGUUUCAGAUGUAGGUCUUGGCUGUAUACAGGUUGAUAGUUUCUACCAAGACAAUCCUAAAUGGUAUGAUUCUCCCUGUGCUUUGGAUGCUGGUGCUGAUUGUGGAGAUAGUGGAUUUCGUCAUGGAGAGAUUUUAUAGUGCCAUGAACAUUGAAGUUAAUCCACUCUAACUUAGAGGUCUAAAUCCAUUGUGCCUAUUUACCCCUUCCAACAAGUAGAAGUGGGAUUGUACAUUUAUGUAUACAGAAGAUUGGAGCCGCUCACAUGCCGUUUAGGUGUAUUUAUUACUUGUGGUUCUGUAAAGUAUAACCAGCUAUGCUUCUUGCACAUAACUUCGUUAUGAGUAUGACUAUAUCUGUUAACCUUGUUCUCGGCCUUCAGAUUUUUUUUAUCUUGGUCCUUCUUAUAAUGCACAUCAGUGUUUUCAGUAAUCUCUUUUUGAACUUAGAGAUUUUUGUAUGUAUUAUCAGGAACUACUGGUGAUUUAUUGAGCUAUUGUGUGUUUGAAAUUGUAUCUAUGAUGUGUAUGUGCUGUACUCCCUAUCCGUGUGCUUCACUUCUUUUUAUAUGUAGUCAUUUCUUAUAAGCAAAAGUUCUUUUGGCUUCUGGUUCGAUUUGAAGAUUAUCAAUUUUUAUUCCAUAGGGGUGAGCCAACCCAAUAUAUCAUCAGUAGCUCAGUCCCAUUGCUUUAUUCACCUUGGCACACUUCUCGGCAUUCGGCAAUCUCUUUCAUACUGAACGGAAGAUUGAAGGUUUUUGGUGCCAUCUCAUAUGCCUUCAGGCAACUGAUCUGGAGAAAGAUGCCGGACACUGCAAGGACCAAAAAGAUCACUGUAUAGACUUAAAUUAGGUAUGGUUCCAUAUAUAGAUAAUGAGCUUGCAGUUUUGAAUUGACAGUGCAUCAUAGAAUUGCGCCUUAUUUUUAUUGUGUUUAUAUUCAUUACAGUGGGGUAGACUGUAGACAUGGUCCAUUUUUAAGUCUUGAAUCUCAAUGAAAGUACAUCUCUCUUGCAUACUUAUAAUCUUUAUGAAAUUUGAUCACAUUAUUUGUGGCUUUAACUUUUUUUUUUUAUUCUUCUCAAACUUAAUUAUGCUUUAACA